AUGGCCUUCUCUCCUAAUCCUCUCUCUCUAAGCGUCCCCGACCCUGCUUUCGAAUCCUGGCUCCGCGAUUCCGGCUACCUCGAGCUCCUCGAUCACCGCACCUCCGCCGCAGCCGCAGCCGUCUCGGCCUCCGCUUCCUCGUCGUCCUCAGCUGCCACACCUUCCGCGGCCUCUGACGAUGUCGUUUCCUCCAUAACCGGCGGCUUCUUCGCGUCUCUCUUGUCUCGGCUCGUCACUGUCUCUUCUCUUCUGACCAUCAACCCGUUCUCGAAGCUCUCCGCCGAUGACUUCUCCGGAGAUACGCCUCCGUGGACCACGGGUUUCUUUGGCACGUGCGACUCUUAUUCGUUCCCGUCUUCUGCUCAGCAAGCGAGGAUGAGAGUCCAUGAGAAUAUCAAGCGGUUCGCUAGGAAUUACGCAACGCUCUUCAUCGUCUUCUUCGCUUGCGCAUUAUAUCAAAUGCCACUUGCACUGGUGGGAUUGUUAGCAAGCUUAGCGCUUUGGGAGCUGUUCAAAUACUGCAGUGACAGAUGGAAAUUCGAUCGUCAUCCUUCCGCUCGGAAACUCUUGAUUGGUUUUGGACAGUGCGCGACUGCAGUUCUUCUGGCGUUUCUGAAUGUCCAAAUGGCUUUGUUCUCUGCUCUUGCGGUCAGUUAUUCAGUUAUGUUAUUACACGCCGGAUUCAGGAAGCUCACGCCUUCCAAGAAACCAUCUCGAGGAAGAUAA